GUAGGGCUUUUUAGUCUACCCUUUUACCAUGUACUUUUUAUUUCUCACAUACUAAUUUAUUUAAUUUAUCUUCAAGGAAAAAGUAUUUUAAUCUCUUAAAGAAACCUUUCCCUCUAGACUGACCAUCCAGCCCCCCCUUUACAGUAAAUUCAGGAGCUUUUUAUCUCCGCUUUUAAGGCAUUUAGCAUAAGAAACAGUUUCAGACCAUAGUAGUUGCCUUCCCCUUCCCUGACCUGCCUGGUUCCCUCUGCGGUGGCUGGAAGGCAGCUGCUGAUGGGAGCUGGUGGAGAGAACUUCUCCCCCAGGCAGAGGGGGAAGCACAAAAGCAGCUCCUGCCCAGGGAGCAGAAGGCAGGGGCGUGCAGCACGAGAGCAGCCAGGAUGGCCUGUCCCUGAGGACCUCCCUCGGUGCCCUGUGUGGGCUGUGGGACCCCCCAGGUCUGCGGGUGGGGGCUACUAUGUGUGGGACGAAAGGUAAGAGCAAGAGCUGCUCCUCAACCUCUCCCAUCCUAAUUACAGCUCAGUUUUAGUGCCUCCAUCUCAAUGGGACUCAACUCUAACAGGUUAAUGGUCCUCUGACUCAAGGAGCAAGGAUAAAGUGUCUCUUAUCUCUGGGGAAAACCAGCUCCAUCUUUGUACUGUUAGCAGAUGGGAGGUUUACUGAGACUCUUUACACCCAGGGGUACAAAGCUAAGAGUAGUGGUAUACAGGCUGAAUAAAUACUACUCUAGGGAGGCUCCAUGAUGACCUCUGAGCAACAAACAGGCCAUGGUGCAAUUGUGUUGCUCUGGGAGACAAGAGCAGGCUGGAUGCCCACCCACCUGUCCUGGAUCCUGCUCAGCUCCUUGCUCUCCUACGUGAGACUGAGAUAGGAUUUUGCAGCAGAUCAGUGCUGCUACUCUAAGUUUGCAAGUCGUUAGUGAACAGUAAUGAACAAUAACAUCUUUAUUCUAACAGGGACAUCCUGGUCUCUAUAAGCCUGACAGUGGUGGGAUUCUGCACCAUGCUGUCCACCAAGAGGCACAGUACCAGCAUUCUGACCAUAAAGGAAAUCCUGGAAAAGGGGUUUGUGGCUGGGGCUUCCAGCCAUACCCCUUCUUCUCCUGUCCACAGUUAUUACAUGGACAAUAGCAGUGCCUCCAAACCAGACACCUGGGAGCUUCUCAUGGACUUGGACAAUGCAACAAAAGGCAGUUCUCUGUGUGUUGUCAAGCAGUCAGAGUCUCUGAGUAGCUGUGUGAAGACUGACCUGCACAGCCUGACCCAGGGCAUCUCUGACCUCAGUCUUGUCUGCUUCUGCAAGACCCACCAUGGUCAGGCCACCUUCGACCUGUCCGGUUUGCCUUGUGAGCACCCCAGCAGAGCCGGCUGCCUGAUGGAUGUGGCAUCGCAGAACACCUCAACACCGUGCAAGAAAGAAAAGCACCCCAAACUGCUGGAGAACCUGCUCUCCAAGAGCUCUGAGCUCGCUGGUGACCUCUCAACCCUUGGGAAGACGCCAGCACCCAGAUGGGAGAUCUCGGCAAUAAAAGCCCCCCUGGAUACCAGCCUGUCCCUUGAUGUGAGCACUGAGGAGUUAAGGUUACUGGGGUGCUCCAAACCAGACACACCAUCCCUGGAGACCUCUGUAGUAGUUCCUCUGGCUUGGCCUGGUGCUUUCAAGAGGCACCCUACACUGAUCCACAGGUCUGCCACCCCUGAGGCCCAGCUGAGCGACCUUGAGCCUGUCCCCGUGUUUCUGCAGCAGGCUCUGUGA